GACAACAGAAAGCCCAAAGAUAUGUCCUCUAGAGAUGAGCCUUGCAUUGGCUACAACUUCCUACGCGACCUUUGUCUGAGCUCAUGGAAGCUAAUUACCGCAGCCAGACAGAAGAUAGGAAUGCUUCUGUCCAUCAUCACUCUGUUACUGAGCGCAUGCACGGUGUUUGGGAUGGCGUUUGAUAGAGAUCUCAGACCGCUUGAGAACUACAAUAAAGAAUCCUGUGCCCUGCAGGCAUCCUUUGGGUUGAUUAGUGUGGGCUCUGGAUUACAGUUCCUGCUCUCCCUGUACUUGUUGUAUCAAUUCAUCAAGACAAGAAAGAGCGAAGACCGCGUGGAUGACUACCAUAUCAAUGUCUCCACCAAUUCUUUGUCACUGCUAGCUUUCUCGCUCGGUAUGUCGAUGUAUGUGGCAAUGCUGACUUCUACAAUGGACUUUUGGUAUUACUUUCUGGGCUGGGACAGUGUUGCAUUUGCUUUUGUUAAUACUAUCCUCUGGUUUGUGACGGAAUAUUACCAUCGUCACGGUGAGAGAUACCUCAGUUACCAUGAAAUGAAGGAUGACUACUCGUACCAAUCCAACAGCGAAGACGACUCAAACUGAAAUAUUACAUUGUAUACAUAGAUAUCAUUAAAAAUUUCAAUUAC